AUGGCGGGAGCGUCUGUCCAUAUUUCUGGGCCGGGUCCCCCCAGUCAUGCUUCUCCAACCAAACUGGCUCUCCCUAGCACCUCCCGCAACCAAUUACGUGAGAUUGAAUCUCGUAAAGAGAAGAAAAUCGGACAUCGACGUGUCACAGAAGAGGGUACCGUUACGUAUAAAAAGAAACCAACAUCAGAACUUCAAGGAGCUAUUCAACUUGGUAUACAACAUCAUAUUGGUUCACUGCAACAAAAACCAGAUCGAGAUCUCUUGUAUGGAGAUUUUAAUAUUAUCGACACAGUGAAUUUUCCUCAUGAAGGCACUAAAACUACUCAAGCACAUCCUUAUUCCGAUUUCCGAUUUCGAAUUUAUGCACCUGUGGCGUUUCGGUGUUUCCGGAAGUCCUAUAAAUUAGACAUCCGUGAUUUUCUGAAUUCCCUAUGUAGUCAAUCACUUCGAGAACUUUCCAAUCCCGGUGCAAGUGGUUCAAUAUUCUACAUUAGUCAAGAUGAUGAAUUCAUCAUUAAAACUGUACAACAUAAAGAAGGGGAAUUUUUACAAAAAUUAUUACCGGAAUAUUUUAUGAAUCUUAUGCAACAUCCUCGUACUUUAUUACCUAAAUAUUAUGGUCUGUAUUGUUAUCAGUCAGGACAUAAAAAUAUCCGUUUCGUGGUAAUGAAUAAUCUUCUACCAUCUUCCGUACGUAUUCAUGAGAAAUAUGAUUUAAAAGGAUCAACUUAUGGUCGUCAAGCAAGCGAUGCUGAACGUGCUAAAAGCUCACCAACUCUAAAGGAUCUUGAUUUCCUAGAAAAUCAUCCUGACGGUAUAUGGUUAGAAGCGGAGACUUACGAUGCUCUACUAAAAACAAUUGAGAGGGAUUGCCUUGUGCUUAAAUCUUUCCGAAUUAUGGAUUACUCACUGUUGUUAGGUAUACAUAAUUUGGAUAAGGCCAAACGUGAACGGCUUGCUCAAAAACACGCUUCGGAAAAAAAUAACACUGUUAAUCAGUAUGGUGGAGAUGAUUCUGAAGUAUCACCGAGUCCAGCGUCUGGAUUAAAGUCUAACGGAUUAAUUUCUCAUGUUAAAAACAAAACUAAUGGCAAUUCCACGUACAUGUCUUCACCAUCGAAUGGUGGAAAUAGUCCAUCGUCACCAAAUAUUCCUCCUAACAUGUCUAGUCGUCGAGCUCAUUUCACACCGGGUGCUGAUGGUGAAAAUAUUCAAGUUAAGUCUACCAAUGAUGAGGAUAAAUCAGUGUUCCAACGAAAUGCACCAAAGUCUCAUUCUCAAAAACGCGUGGUCGCUUAUUGCACUGCUAUGGAGUCAAUAAAAGCUAGUUCUGAACCUGUUGAAUUAGAAUCAGAAGAACGUGAACUUAUACCAUCUGGAGGCAUUCCUGCGCGUGAUACUAAUGGUGAUCGCUUGCUACUGUACAUCGGUAUUAUUGACAUCCUACAAAGCUAUCGUAUUCUUAAGAAAAUGGAGCAUGGAUUUAAAUCACUUGUGGUUGAUGGAAAAACCAUUUCAGUCACGCAUCCAUUGUAUUAUGCUCAACGGUUUCAAGAAUUUCUCGGUCGUACGGUAUUUAAGCGUAUACAGUCGCCAUUAAAACAAGCCACUUCGAAGCGUUUUAUUCGUCCAAUGUCUGCAAUUAAAUCUAUAGAUGAAGCUGUUGAUCUAGCUGAAAAGGGAACUACAUAUGAAAGUGCUAAACCGUCAGAUGUUUCACAUUUGUAUAGAUCAGACUGGAACAGUUCGUCUCAAACGCUCCUCUACCAUGCAUCGUCUUAUGAUGUCAGCAUUCCGAAAUACCCUAUGCGGGUAUCAUCCGAAGCGCAAAGUUAUAACGGCACCUACAACAGAAAAGAGUCGUAUCCUAGUUCACCAUCGAAACAGUCUUAUGCGAUUAGAAGUAAAAUGGGAUCCUAUUCCAACUACUUGUCAGCCUGCAAAAUGUCGAACAGGUACCGUAGUACGGGCGAACUCAAUCGAGGGGCCUCCACUCCAGACUCCUCCAUCGGUACCGUGUCGUCUGACAUUGGUCAAGGAUCGGUCUCAGGAAAUUAUUACAGUAGAAGAUUCAGACCACAAUCAGGGUAUAGAUCAAAUACUGUGAUAUAUUCAAACAUCAACAAUCAUAUUGCUAAUAAUCAACGUUUUCCUCAUUUAUACGAUAUGUUGGCAGCUGAUCUAGAACGUACACCGAGUCAAAUUAGUUUUAGUACUUCAAGUUCAAGUGAUAAUAAUUCUCAUAUUCAUAGAAGCAGAAGUAGUGAUAUUCGUGACAUUUUACGUACUGAAUCUACCUCAUAUAAUGAUGAGUAUCAUUUAUCUCAAAAGAUUAAGUCGUCACAACUUCAAACAAAUGCUACUAGCGAAAAUAAUAUUACAACAAAGAUUACAAGUGAUUCAUCUGGUAAUUCACCUUUAAAUCCACUGGUUGAUAAUGAUAAUUCUCAGGUAACAGCAACAUCAACCACUAUUAAUAAUAAUAAUAAUAACAAUAAUGAUUCAAGCUUACAAGGCAUUAAGAAACGACCUAAUCGUAUUGGUAAAAUUGAUUAUGCUUCAUUAGAAAGAUUUAUGAAUGAUGCCUCAUCAACUCUUUCCUCACCACUCUAUGAUCCUUAUGGAAUGUCAUCUAAAAUUGCUAGUUGGUCUUCUAGUCAUCAUCCUUAUAGUCGUCGUCAAAUUAUUGACAAAAGAUGUACAAGUCCCUCUUCUACAAAAUCAGCUAGAAGUAUGCCUCCAAUACCUGUGCUUAGUGAAUCAUUCUUAAAGAAACGUCAACUUCGAAAUCAAUAUAAAUCUGCAAAUAAAAUGAAAUCUAUAAAUAAUGUGUAAAUAGUCUAUGAUGAAUCCUAUGACAUUUUGUAUGUGUCCGUGUGUGUGUGUAAUGAAUGGAAAAGAUUAGAAGAAAUAUGUGUCGAUGCAAACUUAUGUCUUCUUGUUCCCUGAGUGCGCCAUUAAUAAUAUAAUACUCGGUGAGCCGUAGGGAAAUAAUGCUCAUUUAGCUUUUUUGCCUGGUGACAGUCAUACUUUUUUUUUCACUUCACCGGUGUGCGUUGUCUGUUUGUAUUCGCUAGAUUUAUUUCCUGCUGUCGUGUUUGUUAUCGCCUAAAGGUAUCGUAUCCUAGUAUACUUUUGGGUAAAAAGUUAAGCUCACUGAAAUAACUCGUUUCUCAUUUCUGUUUGUUUUGUCAUCACGAAGUAUGACAGUUUUAAUAAUCCAUUUGUUUUAAAUUAUGCUGGAUACCUUCGGUCGUUGAAUUCUUUUUUUUAUUUUUUUGCUGAAUAGCCUCUAACAUCUCUCUUGUUUGGCUGGUUGGAUAACUCUGUUUGUUUUGCUAUUUCAUAGAUUUCGUUCAUACAAACUAUUUGGAUUUUGUUUUCACUGUCA